GCCGCCGCCUCAGCCCUCGCCCCGCGCUGCUGUACUCUCUCACCUCCUUCGCCGUUGUCUACCAGAUCAUCCCAUGGCGUCGGAGAAGAAGCAGUCGAACCCGAUGCGGGAGAUGAAGGUCCAGAAGCUCGUGCUCAACAUCUCCGUCGGCGAGAGCGGUGAUCGCCUCACCCGCGCCGCCAAGGUACUGGAGCAGCUGAGUGGUCAGUCACCGGUAUUCUCCAAGGCAAGGUACACUGUGAGGUCGUUUGGGAUCCGGCGCAAUGAGAAGAUCGCAUGCUAUGUGACGGUGCGGGGUGAGAAGGCAAUGCAGCUGCUGGAGAGUGGCUUGAAGGUGAAGGAGUACGAGCUGCUGAGGAGGAACUUCAGUGACACUGGCUGCUUUGGAUUUGGCAUCCAAGAGCACAUUGAUCUUGGCAUCAAGUAUGAUCCAUCUACUGGUAUCUACGGCAUGGACUUCUACGUCGUCCUUGAGCGUGCUGGGUACCGUGUCGCCCGUCGCCGCAGGUGCAAGUCCCGUGUUGGGAUCCAGCAUAGGGUCACUAAGGAAGACGCCAUGAAGUGGUUCCAGGUCAAGUACGAGGGUGUGAUCCUCAACAAGGCCCAAGCCAACACCUCCUAAGCCUAAGCGUCACCAUAAGAUAUUAGACCCUCUUGGUCUCUUCUAGUGCUUCGAGUUAAUGGAGUAUAUCUGGCGGUGGGAUUUGUAUUAGAAGAAAAUCAGAUGCAUUAUCAUUUUUGCCUGUACUGGUCCUACUGGAGUUAGUUGGAUCCAUGUUUUUGUGUGUGUCGAAUACAUUGAUGUUACUACUGUUCUACCUCGACAGCAGUCUGGGCUAUUCUUUGUUC